ACGGCGGACCACCAACGGUCUGCCGCGCGCCUCUACCUUCCAAACCAGCAGACGUGAUCGUUGGAAAGAAGCUCCCCAUCUUCAUGUACAUCCACGGCGGCGGAUUCUUCAUUGGAUCCCCCUACGAACCCAUGUAUCACAACUACCUCGUCUCCGUCGUCGCCGCCGCCGUCGUCGUCGCCGUCUCCAUCGAGUACCGCCUCGCCCCCAAACACCUUCUCCCCUCCGCUUAUGACGAUGCCUUCACCGCGUUCGACUGGAUUCUCUCCCGCGCCGACCCGUGGCUGGCGGAGCGCGGAGACUACGAGCGCCUCUUCGUGUCCGGGGGGAGUGCAGGCGCCAACAUCGCCCACAACUUGACGAUGAAGAGAGGGGUGAGGAUCGAAGGGAUGAUUCUAACUCACCCCUACUUUUGGGGAGCCACGCCCAUCGACGGCGAGAUCACGAUCCCGCUGUGAGGCUCGUGCUGGAUUGGGGCGUGCGACUUGGUGUCAUG